AUGCCUUUUAUUGUAAUUUAUUAAAAACAAAAUUACGAAGUAGAAAAUUACGAGGUUUUCUAAUAUACCAAAUUUGAAAAUUGAUUGCCAUUUACCUAUAAAUAACACGUUUUAAUUCAGAAUAAAUGCUGAACAUAGAUUAUUAAUCAUUCAAAACGUGUAUGAUAGAUUUCUUGUUAUGGACUAGGACUCAGCGUUUCUCCAAACUGUGUUCCGCGAGCGUCUUCCGAGUGUUCCGUGGAAAAUGAAUCAAAAAUACAUCUGAAGUGGUCGACAUGACGAACUCGGGAUCGUGUGAAAUUGUCGCCAUACUGACGACCGUUUAAUAUCGCGUCACCGUCGGACUAACUUCUUGAGGGUAGUGGUAUUUUCGUUAACCGUCGGCCUAGCUUUUUGACAAGUUCAUUAUCAAGUUUACAACAAUCUUUUUGGUUUUGCAAUAGGCAAACAUCGCUAAACUCGAUCCAGCAGAUAAAUAAACUGCAUCUUGCUAAAUUGAAGCAAAUAUCUCUAUCUCCAUUGUUACGUAACAUUAGAGGCAAACAUUACGUAAUGGAAAGGUAAAAUGAAUUCAUUGAUUCAUAUACACAGCAUUUAAAUAAGAAACAAUAAAACAUUUAUAAUAAAUGCAAUAUGUAAAAAUUCAAUCAUAUAUAGUAGGUAUGUUAAUUAGGUUUUCGGCAUUUUAUUGGUAAGUGAUUGAAUAUUUUAAAUCAAAUAGUUGCUUUUAGCUUGUAAUCAACUUUUAAUUAUUUCAACUAAACUGAAUGUCUUCGGAAGGCAUGAUUCCAAAUAAGACAUUUGAUUUACAACUAUUUUUCGGAAACACAACUGAAAACUGAGAAAUACCAACACGCAAAACACAAAACGAGGCAAUGUUUACAACCAUUCUUUAAUAUCUGUUUGAGCCAAAGAAGUGUCUGAGCGGCCGCAUAAAUUCCAAUUGUUACUUCAAUGUUGCCGUAUUGCUGAUUGGUCAUUGUUACGGCAAUAAACAAGGAAUUCGAUGUUCAGGGAAACAUCCAUUCAUUUACGGGUAAGAUUAAGAAAUAAAUCUAUGGGGUCAAAGUUCGGGGGAACAGUGACCAAAUGAGAAUUUGCUUUUUAUCGGCGUUGCAAAUACGCAAGGUAAUCACAAAAAGUUUCUCAAUUAUCUUGGCAAACUUUUAAAUUCAAAGAUUAUGGCUUCCAUGAAACAAAUUUGCAUAUUUGGAGGAAUGCAUGGCAAUGAGAUGUCCGGUGUUCAUUUGGUGAGAAAAUGGGAGAAAAAUCCAGAAUCAGUUACCAGAUCAACCUUCCAAACAAAGAUGUUAAUUGCUAAUCCAAUUGCUGUGAAAUUGGUUAGACGGUAUAAGGAUGUUGAUUUGAACAGGCAAAUGUCUCCUGAAAAUUUUAAAGUUGAAAUAAAUGAAAACACACCCUAUGAAGUUAGAAGAGCAAAAGAACUGAAAGGAAUGUUGAGUGAAGGUGGAGAAAUUGGUGAAUGUGAGUUUAUACUUGAUUUACACAAUACAACAGCAAAUAAUAAAGUUAGUCUCCUUCACAUGGAAUCGAAUGACUUUAAUAUGCAUUUAAUGCAUUAUGUAUCAGCACAUUUACCAGAGGGAAUGUGUUAUAUUAUGUCCCUUGCUGGCAAUGUGAGUUAUGAUUCUGGUAGAGGAUUAGGAAAAUAUGGGGGAGUUGGUAUAGAAGUUGGUCCCCAGCCACAGGGUGUGUUGCGAGCUGACAUAAUGUCUUUGCAAGAGUCAUCAGUUCACUUUGCUCUUGACUUCAUUGAAAACUAUAACAAUGGUGAGGAAUUUCCAGAAGUCAAUUUUUCAGCAUACAAAGCUGUUACAAAAAUACCGUACCCACAAGAUGUGGAAGGUCAUCUUACUGCAAUGAUUCAUCCAAGUCUUCAAGAUCAAGAUUGGAAAUUGUUGACGUUGAACGAUCCUGUAUUUUUGUCUUUUGAUGGCAAUGUUCUUUAUCUCAAAGACAUAAUAGAGGAUUCAAGUAGCGGUCCAUUUUACCCAGCGUUUAUUAAUGAGGCAGCAUAUUAUGAAAAAGGCAUUGCAUUUUAUUUGACAACUCAGUAUAAUGUAUGUGCUAAAAAGCUAUCGAAAAAAUCAUUUGAAUUUCAGUGAAUAUUUUUUGAUUGCCAGUUAUCUAUUCAAGAUUAUUAUGUAUGUAUUCAAGAGCAGGGAAUUAUUUUUUUAUUAUAAAAUUGCAGUUUCUAUGAAUUAGAAUGCAUUAUGCUAUCUGUUUAUCUGAAUAUGUUAAUAUCUGUUUCUUUUUUGUCCAGUUAUUUUGCAUAAAAUAUUGCCAAAAUCAUUGCAUCUUUAGCAUGGUGUGUUUAAUUACCUAUUAACAAUUGAGUAUAUUUGAGUAAGUUAGCAAAAUUGUAACAAUUUAUUCUGCAUAUUAAUAUUGAAUUUCUAUCUUUCCUUAUUAACGAAAUGGUACAAUA